CUUAGCAAGAGAGAGCAGAGUCACACGCCGCUGCAGCCCCUUCCUUCCUUCCUUCCUUCCUUCUCCGGGCGCCGCCGGGCCACCUCUCAUCGCGUACGCCACAAACUGCAGUCGUUUUGAUUCGCAACAAUUCAUUCCCCUUUUUUUCUCUUUCAUCCGACCCUCUGUGUGCCCUAAUUCAUCCAUUCUUCGAUCAAAUUCCUCACUAUUUCCGAAAUCCCUUCAAACAUGAAGAAUUGGCCCCCAAAAGACGAGGCGAAAAGAGGCGAAAUUAGCGGCCCCAAAUCGGUGAACAUGAAGAGAAGAAACAAUAAGGCGAAGAACAUGACGAGUGGCCUUUCGCUCGAAGCCUUCAACGCCAAAUCGAAUAGGAACUACUACAAUCCAGCUUUAAUAAAGAAGCAAAAGGAGUUCUAUAAGAAUGCUAAAUAUGUCAGCAAGUUUAAGAAGUCAAUAAAACAGCAAGGUCAACAGAAUGAUCUUUCCUCGAUUAUAAGACCCCAAGAGGAUGAUAACGAAACAGAACGCAACAGUGAGAUGAUGAAUAAGAAAAGCAAGAAGGGCAAGAACAAAGGGAAGUUUAGUUUGAAAGAAAUAUACGAUAAGAAGCGUGAAGAGGAAGAGAAGGAAAAGAUGGAGAGAGAGGCAAUUAUUCAGAAACAGAAAGAAGAAAGGGAAAAUGCCAAAGCGCGCAGGAAGGCCGUGAAGGAAAAGAUGUACAAGAAGACGCGUAGCGGUCAGCCUGUUAUGAAGUACAGAAUCGAACGUCUCUUGGAGACAAUUCAAGGUUCAAAGAGCAAUAAUAGUUGAUAAAAGUUCUCCAACUCUCAAUAGGGAGUGUUUUUGCGUUUGUAUCUUGGUCAUCAUAAAUGCUAGUGUACUCAGUUCACAUGUUUUCUUAAUUUGUUAUGUUUUGCAAGGUAUCAGCGUUAGUUGUUGGUACCAUCAAAUACUGUAAGAGCUGUAAUAGAACAAAUUAUCCGUGGUUUAUGUUUAUGAUAUAUCAUUCAUCACAUCAGAGAGGCAAAUUUGUCAAAUAAAAAUUACAGUUAUUUCUCCUACGUGGCUGAAAACAGACGAACCCAUUUCUCAUUUAGCCAAUUUCUACGACACUAAGCUCUCAUCUCCAUUAGCCAUCAAUCAGCGAGAGGACUCGUGUAAUGAUUUAUUUUAGCCUUCUUGCUUCCCUAACUAAGAGCGAGCAACC